GAUGUUGUUUAGCAUCGAGUCAAAUCGACACUUAAAGUUUUGUUGUUUCUUGAUUCUUGCUGUCGUUUUCAUCUUUAGAAGAUGCUCGCAUAGAAACAUUAGGAUUUAGUGAGAUUAUAAUUACAUUUUCUUGUACGCAAUGGCCAAUUCUCAAUAUGAUCUCGAUCUAUCGGGUGGAUUAAUGCCACAAAUUCAAGCUCUACUAGCACCGCCUUUGUUGGAAGAUAUUUCAAAAGAAAAGAGAAAAGACGGAUUGGCAUUGCAUCCCUACUACAGACGACCAGGACGAGGUCAUAAUCGCGAUAGUUGUGAUGCUUGUAAAGAGGGAGGUGAACUCAUUUGCUGUGACUCUUGCCCAGCAUCCUUUCACCUACAAUGCCAUGAUCCUCCAUUAGAGGAGUCAGAUUUACCCAAAGGUUUGUGGAACUGUCACAGUUGUCGUAUGAAAAAGGCCCAAGAUGCUGCAAAUCCUCUUACAAAUUUCAUAGAGGUGGAUGACGGAGCAGACUCUGAUUCCAGUAAAACUGGAAAAAGACCUUAUAACUCAGCAACUCAAUCAGUAGGCAGUGGUCAGGGAGCCCCUGAAAGAAUAUCUGGUCGCCGUCGAACCAAUAACUCGGAUGAUGUUGAUGUAGAAACCACUGGAGUUAGUUCAGAAAAGUCCAGUGAUAGAGAAGACGUCAUUGUUGAUAAUAUGGGCAAAGUCUCAUUUUUUGCCCCUCUCAUCAGAGUAGCAGCAUCUAUGAACCCACAGCAAUUCGAACUCCCACCAGAACUUGUAGAACCUAUUCCUUUUCCAGGUACCAGUAAAUUGUGUAUUUCGAAAAAAACCGGAUCUGGCCCCAAAAAAAAAUCACACGAACUUGAUAACGGACUCGUGCCAUUACCGUUACGAGCGUGCUUCUACUGCAGCAAGAGUUGCCGCAAGGCGCCAAUGGUUGCCUGUGACUUUUGCCCCCUGGUUUUCCAUCUGGAUUGUCUGGAUCCUCCCCUUGUUUGCAUGCCAGUUGGCAAGUGGAUGUGCCCCAAUCACCCUCAAAAUAUUGAAUAUAAAUUGUUGCCUGAUUCACGACUUACCGAACGAGUGAAGUUUUGGUCGUUCUUACAGAGACCCAUUGACCAUGAAACUGUAAAAAUCAAUUUCCUCCGCAAAGUAAACCGAAAAAAUCCGCCUUUUCGUCGGAAGGUCGCACUACCUGGUCGUCCUCGUAUGAGGGUCCCACAAAUCAUCAAGGACCAGUAUAAACAUCCACCGUUACUUCCGGCGCGUUUAAAUGGAGCUCAACCAUUUUACUGGUCGUCCGUUCUCCCAGAAACACGGAAGAAUUUGAAACCAUUCGAUAAAAAUGAAUUAAUUGACGAGGAAAACAAAGAUAGAGAACAAUCACGACUUCAGGAGGAUGCUCAGCAAAUAGCAGCAGACUGCGAAGCAAUGUUUUCAAACGAAGGCGAGACUGUCGGAAAAUUUGAUACUACGUUACCUGAACGGAGAGAUAAAGAAUCUGUGGAAGGAUCGAGCUCCUCUUCUUGGGAUGGAUUGUUUGCUGAAGAGUUUCAAGAAAUCGAAGCAGAUGUCAAAAAUUAUUUGGGAACCCUGAGGCGAGGCAUGAAAGAGAGUCACUUGAAAGUCUUUAUGGAGCAGCUAUCGAAUGAUUUGCUGAGGGCAAUGGAUCAAGAAACAAUGAGAGCUCUUGCCAUGCAAAGAGUGCAGCAGCUAAUCCUGAACCCAGAAUCUCGCUCGUUGACUGUGUUCCCUCUUCCUGGAAUGAUGUCCUCUGGUUGCAGCACUCAAUCUACAGUCAUUCCACAACCUUGGCUUCAGGCCAGCAGUGCUUCCGACAGUGGUAAUACUAUCUACAGUAGUCAAGCCCAGACGAAUGUCUUCCCACGACAGCCUAGAGCAUUCCUCUGCCCUCUUAGCUCAGCUUAUCCACCAGCACCCAUCUACUAUCGCCGACUUACUAUUGGCACUGGUGCUGACAUGGAUUUGAACUUGUCUACUUUCGGUGCGUGCAGCUAUGUUUCCGGACAUCACUCUACUGUGUUUUACGAUGAGAUGUCGAGACAUUUCGAGUUACUAAACUAUAGCGAGCACGGAACCGUUGUUGAUAACGUCGUGUAUUGCUGCGAUGUGGACGUGGAUGCAGACACUUUCAAAUCUGAAGCGGAAGAUGUCAAAGAGAAGAAACCGUCAUUCCAGGGGUUAGAUGAUUUUACGAGACGCAAUGGUGAUAGAAUGACCAGCACCCCUUCACUCACGGAACCAAACGAGGCGUCUCGUUGUGGAUGCCGCACCGACGUCAGUUCUCUUGGCUCAACAGGUAAAAGUGGAGGAUGGGAAGGCACUGCCCUGCUCACGCAUGGUUCUCACAUCAAAUUCGGGUGCAUGCAGUUCAUUUUGUGUAUAAGCAACACCAACGAGAAACCUCGUUUUAUUCAUAAUUGAAAACAUUUUGCGGUUCACUUUUUUUUUUUACCCUGCUCGUCCUUAAAUUCCGCGAUUAUUUUGUUUGUUUUCCCCUUUGUUCAAAUAAAAUUGUCAAGCCGUGAAAAAAAAGUACAAAAUAUCCAACCAUUAAAUCGCGUUUAAACAUUGUGUAUAACCUACUCGGAAACUGGUCUUGCAAAUUUUUGCGAUACACAAUAAGCAAAUUUUAA